AUGUCCCACGCUACCCCUCCCCUCUCGGUAGCCCCUCAGGUGCAGCCUCCUUCCCCGCAGUCCUCUUCACAGCCUACAGUAGACCCUGUGGGAGCCGGUGUUCGUGGCGAGGACCCUGGAGGUGCUAGCUCUAGAGGAGUUGGAGUAGGAGCUGAGAGUGUACCAAUGCGAGGUCCUGGUUCUGAGGGUGCUGGAGUUGAGGCUGAGCCCGUGCCUGCAGGAGCCUCUAAUCUUCGGGGAGCUGGUGUUAGUCGAUCUGUCCUUGGGGGUGCUACGCCUGGGGGUGCGCCCUCUACUGGACCUGGAGAGCCUGGGACUGACCCUGUUACUUCCGGUGGUGCUGGCUUUGGGGGUGGUGCGGCUGAUGCCUUGGAGGGUAGAACUCGAGUUCGAGAGGGAGGGCCUAGAGUUGGAGCGGCAGCAGCUGGAGCUACCGCAGCUAGAGGAGCAGCAGCAGCAGUAGCAGCCGGAGCAGCAGCAGCUGCCGCAGCUGGAGGAGCAGCCGCCGUAGCACCAGCAGUCGCAGCUGGAGGAGCAGCAGCCGCAGCCGCAGCAGGAGCAUCAGCAGCCGCCACUUCCUCCUCCUGUCUCUGUCCCCCGCUUCCUCCUCCUGACCCCUCCCCAACUGUUUUCCCUUGUUCUCAGCCUCCGUUAUCCCCUCCUCUUUCUCACACUUGGGCCUCUCAUCGCUCUCCUCGUGCUCGUCCCUCGUCCCCUGUUCCCGUCACUGACCUUCGUACUGCCCUGUUUCGUCCUAGCUCCCCUCGUCCUUCUCCUUCUGUGCUUCCUUCUCCUCCUGAGUCGGCCCUCACCGCUUCCAUUUCUACUCCUGUCACUUACUACUACCGCACGUACCGACAUGUUCUCUCUCAUGUUCUCGCCUCUCUUAUUACCGACCCACGUGCUAUUCUGUCCUCUGUCUCCGCUGUUACUGCCGCAGUCACUGAGUAUGCCUCUACUCGCCGCCUUGAUUACGCCACUAGUCUUGUGGCUGCUCCUCCUACCAGUCCUUUGGCUGUCAGGGGUGAGUCUGCCCUUGGCUGUUACGCCCUAGAGGAUAGACAGUUUGAGCUAAAGUUCCUGGCAGCCGCUUCCCCUCAUCUCUGUGCCAUGCUGCUCGCCCAUGAGGGAGACCCCGACGCCCUUGACAUACCGACUCCUCGCACUUACGCUGAGGCAGUAUCAGGGCCUUGA